CACCUUGCCGACGAGCGCGAGGGCCACUGUCCUCCGCAGCAGGAGUCCCUAGUACGGGGGGUUUAUCUUUCUUUUCCGUCCGUCGAAGAGCCUUGAAAGCAGGUCUCUCCUUGAAAUAGCGUCCGUCUUUACCCAAGUCCGCGCAAUUAAGACAGCAAGAUGGACCGAAAACUCAGCUUCGCUCUUGUCCGACAAGUUUUCCAGCGAGUUCCGCUCGUCCUCAAGACCGUCGCCCUCAAUCUUCUUCGCCUCUCUCCCACCGGAGGAAAGCAAGAUCUCAAGCUGGAAGUCUCCGUAGGAUUUAUUCGAUCCUUCUUCAACUUCUCUGCUUCGUCUCUCCAGAUGCAAAAGCGGAGCGUGAGAGACCCCGGAAAGAAAGGGUACAUGUGGGUAUCGGCAGUGACGAUGCCAAAGCCCCCCGAGAAUGACGUGCUCCAGGCAUUGUUGAAGGCAAUAGAAUAUCAUAUGGACGGUUCGGAGACGUACGAAGUUCCGAAGGUGUGUGAUGUUGAGGCAGAGUGGAAUGCAUAUAGGCAGGGAGCGCAUGCGAGGACUCCGCAGCCAAAUAUUUCUGAGGAGGCUAAAUAUGCAAGAUUGAUGGAAGAUGUUAACGAGGAUCUCACCAUUCUUUAUUUCCAUGGCGGUGCUUAUCACAUGAUGGACCCAUGCACGCAUCGUGGAGUGACAACGAAAUUAUCCAAACUAACCGGUGGCCGAUGCUUUUCCGUUCGAUACAGAUUGGCACCUCAAAACCCGUUCCCAGCCGCGGUAUUAGAUGCCUUGGUCGCAUAUCUGUCUCUCAUCUCUCCUCCUGAGGGUGCUUUCCACGACCCCGUCCCCGCAAACAAGAUUGUUCUAGCAGGAGACUCGGCAGGCGGUGGCCUCUCUCUUGCUCUUGUACAAACCCUUUUAACACUUCGCCGAAUAUCUCCUACUUAUACCAUUCGCUUUCAUGGCAAGGACAUCCCCGUUGAACUACCCGCUGGCCUGGCCUUAUCAAGUCCCUACUGCGAUAUCACGCGAUCCCUUCCAUCAGUAUACCGUAACUCCAAAUAUGACUAUAUAACUCCUCCUCCACAAACGCCUGGGUCGCUCUAUGAGCCGUAUCCAUUCCCGCCAGACGCAACCUGGCCUACAGAUCCACCGAGGGUUGAGAUGUAUGCGAAUGCCAGCAUGUUUACCCAUCCCUUCGUUUCACCUGUUGCCGCUCCCAAGGACACAUGGAAAGGGAUGCCGCCUAUCUUCAUAACUCUUGGAGAGGAGUCACUCGAAGACGAAGGUAUAUAUCUGGCGCGCAACAUUCACCGUGCAGGUGGUACUGUUGUGUUAGAACGCUUUGAAGCUAAACCACAUUGUUUUGCAUUAAUUCUGCCCACCACAGAGGCCGCUAGGCUGUGCUUUCAGAGUUGGGCCGAGUUUUGCACCUAUGCAGUGCAGGGUCAGGUGCAGAAGACAGGCAAGGCGUUGUUCCUGGAUCAUGCUGUGCGUCAUGUUGAGAGAAAGGAGUUGGACAGCUUACGAGAUCUAAGUGAAGAAGAGGUGCAAAGGAGGGUGGUUGAGGGGAAGAACUGGAGGUUGGAUGGCGAAAAGGAGUUAAUCAGGAAGUGGAAUAAGUGGGCAAAGCUUUGAGAUUUGGGGUCUUUGGCAUUUGAUCAGGAUGUUUGGUGGUGUUUAUGGCUUUGGGUUAAUUGAAAUAGAAUUCCUGCGGGCGUAGUGGGCGUACGGGUGGCCCUUUAGAAGAUUGCGUAGAU